AUGAAAUUCUAUCUUCUUUUGCUGAUAAUCACUUACAGGGAGGUUAGCUGUCAAAGUGGAGAUGCUGAAGGACAUUGCCAAAGAGUAGUUAAUAUAUUCCCUGCCAAACUCAAGGAGCUGAGAACAACUUUCCAUAAAGUCAAGCGUUAUUUUCAAAUGAAGGAUGAUGCUUUACACAUUAUACUGCUUCAGGACAGCCUGUUAAAAGACUUCAAGAGCUCUAUGGGGUGCCGGUCAGUGUUGGAGAUGAUUCAAUUCUACUUGGAGGAGGUUAUACCACACGCCCAAGACAAGAGCAAGCCAGCAAACAUGAAUAUCUCUUACAUGAAGGAUAAUCUUCUGGACUUGAGGCACACAUUGAGACGUUGUCACCACUUCUUGCCAUGUGACAAGCAAAGCCAAGCCAUCAAAGAGAUCAAAGAUACAUAUAGCAAGAUGAAGGAAAAUGGUGUCUACAAAGCAAUGGGAGAAUUUGACAUCUUCAUAGACUACAUUGAGGAAUAUCUAACAUCCAAAAGAAGUAGAAAGUUAUGAACAAAAUAAACAUGAUUUAGUUGGCCGGGGAAAAUAUCUGUAUUAUCUUUGGAUACUAUGUACUGAAUUUAUUCUGCUCCAUUGAUACUUCAACAAUUGUCAAUGUUUACACAGACUGCAUGUUUUAAUGUUGUCUGAUAUAUUGUGUUAUGUUAAACCCUUAACAGAGAGGAAAGUAUGUAUUGGUUACUGGUUUAUAUUUUUUGUAGGGUUC